AAAUAAUCAAGAAAACAUUAUCAUUGUAAAUAAUACUGUUUCAAGCGGUCAAAUGAACGCACUCAAUAUAACAUCUAUACCCUCAUCGCCCUCAGUCCUUAGCACUUCUCCAACAACUCCCACAAAUCAACUAAACAAUAGUUCACAAAUUAUGUCUCUUCAACCUCCAUCUGCACAACCUGUCAAGAUGAGUAGUAAUACUUUUGUUCAUAAGCUUUACAACAUGGUUGUUGAUAAACAAUAUCAACAUCUUAUUGCUUGGAACUACACCGGCUCUUCCUUUAUUGUUUGUAACAUUAUGGAGUUUUCUCGUGACGUUUUACCAAAACAUUUUAAACACAACAAUUUUUCAAGCUUUGUAAGACAACUUAACAUGUAUGGAUUCCAUAAAGUUAAUAAAUCACCUCGCGGACAUCGUACGUUAGCAGAAAAUCAAAUUUGGGAAUUUUCUCAUCCAAAAUUUUUACGAGGAAGACCAGAUUUAUUAGAUGAUAUUAAACGUAAAGCAAUGGAAUCUGAAACUUUAAGACGUGAAACUGGUGAUUUACAUGCUCAUCUUGCUAUGAUGCAAGUUGCUCAAAAUGAAUUAUUACAACAGAUUAGGCAAUUACAAGAAAAUUUUACUGAAGUCAUGAGAGAUUUGUCUGAAACUAAACGUAAACAAACCUUACAACAACAUUUUAUGAAGAAUAUGUGGGAGGUCAUGAAUAAUAGUCAAGGAACUUCAACAACGAGUAAUUUUGAAAUCAAAAACGAACCUGAACGACCUCCAAUAUAUAUAACAUCACCAGAAAACCAUACAAAUAUAAAUUAUCAUCUUAUAUCCAGUCAAAAUCAGUCACCACAACGACCAUCGACACCAUUAACUGUUAACACAAAUAUCACAAGUCACACAUCACAGACCAGUGCUUUCUUGAACAAUCCUAUGUUGUCCGGUAGAGUAUCACCUUUUAGCUCAUUUAAUCAAGCCGUAAAUACACCUUUACCGCCAAGUCCAUCACCGGGGUCACCAAUGGGCCAUGUUUCGGAUGAUGAUAUGGACGGUAAUAGUUCCCUUUAUUGUACAAGUCCUGCUGGUAGUCAUGCAGGCUCAGAAUAUGGUGAUGACAUAUUUUCAGUGUCGUAA